AUGGGAGCUGUUUUCAAAACUUAUUGAUGUUGGGAGUUGCUGCACGUUGCAUGCAUGGAUUUCCGACAUUACGUCCGCAGUUAUUAUAGCUGUAGUGUGUAGAUGAUUUGGUUUGACGUUGUGGUAUUUCUGUCGUUUAGUGAAACUUUUGUGUUGACGAGUACGGGAAAUGGGAUUAAGUGCGCCGUGAUGUUUCAAAUGUGCUGCUGUUAUCAUGAAAACAUCGUCCUUGGUGCUGCGUGAAAUUUAUGCAAAGAAAAUGUAAAUUUUAGUUGCAAAUUGUCGAAAAAGCAACAUUCUGUGCGGAAUUGAGUUAGAAUUUGCUCAUUAGUGUGUCAUACUGAUUAAUGUUUGUUACUGGAAAGAAAAUCAAGGAGCUAUGCAACCAGUGUUUCAAAGUUAGAACUCGGGAUAAAAAUCAACUUGUGAUUCAUCAAUGUGCUGAUAGUUUUCUAUGCAGACGUUGCCUUGUAAUGUAAACAGUGCCUUAUUCAACAGAUCUCGGAUGCAAUCUUAGGGAAAUUAAUCAAAGUUGGAACCAAAUUUUACAAAAGUUUAAUCACUGAAGUGCCUUUUCGACAUUCCAAAAUUUAACCUCUCAGGAAUAAUCGCUCGUUACGCCAUUCUCUUUUAAAAUGGAUGAAGCAGCUUGGCUUUCAUUUUUGAAAUCGCUGGAAGAGGUGCAUGUACAGCGCAAGGCUGAGACGCCAUGCACCUGCGAUUGUAACACCGAGUUUUUGGACUCAUUCUCGGACAAUCCCCCACCAGUACAAUCUUGUGAUAGGGACGUCAAAUGUUCUUCAGACCAACGUGAGAUCUCAGAAUUGGGUUCGUCUUCUGAUCGGGCCGGGGAUCCGUACCUGGGGUGUUCUUCUCAGUCUAAAGCCAACUGUGAUUGUGAUUGUGCGUGUCAUAGAAUUGAAGAGAAUGCAAGGUUGUGUCAAAAGCCAGAGACAGAGGAUGAAAUGGACCGGGCGCACGAGAUCUUAUCUGUGGCGCACAAGGCGGCGGAGACCGCCGAGGAGUUCGUGCGCCAUGUCUGGAAUAAGGGCUGGCGCGUCUGCCAUCACGAGAAUCUACCCAAGUGGUUAAGAGACAAUGAAUUCCUUACGAAAGGUCAUCGACCUGAGCUCAAUUCAUAUUGCGACUGUUUCAAAUCGAUAUUUCGUAUUCACACAGAGACUGGGAAUAUAUGGACACAUUUGCUUGGUUUUGUUGCAUUUUUGAGUGUAGCCAUUUACUUUCUGACGCGACCAUCCAUUGAGAUCCAAUGGCAAGACAAGGCCGUAUUCUCGGCAUUCUUCGCCGGAGCCAUCCUGUGUCUUGGCUUUUCAUGGAUCUUUCAUACGGUGUACUGCCAUUCGGAGCACGUCGGGAAACUAUUCAAUAAGUUGGACUAUUGUGGCAUUGCCCUCCUCACAAUGGGAUCUUUCGUACCAUGGCUUUACUACAGUUUCUACUGCCGUAUCGAACCGAAGAUUGCCUACCUGGUUCUCAUCUUUGUCCUCGGUAGCACUUGCAUCAUCGUUUCCUUGUGGGACAAGUUCAGUGAGCCUCGUUUCCGAGGUUUAAGAGCUGGCGUCUUCAUUGGUCUCGGUCUAAGCGGCGUCAUCCCGGCGAUCCAUUACAUCAUCACUGAUGGAUUCUGGGAGGCGAUCAACUUUGCCGCGCUCGGCUGGCUAGUCCUGAUGGCUGUCCUCUACAUUGUAGGCGCCCUCAUCUACGCCAUGAGAAUUCCCGAGAGAAUGUUCCCGGGAAAAUGUGAUAUCUGGUUUCAAAGUCAUCAGAUUUUCCAUAUGUUUGUAGUCGCUGCGGCAUUUGUCCAUUACCAUGGAAUCUCCGAGAUUGCAAACUAUCGACUAACGAAUGGGGAUUGUAUAGAGACGGAAACCGCUUAAAUGAACAAAGAAUCUGGAUAAUAAUUGAAAAGAAUCUUGAAGAUAAUUGACUAACUGUGCAACAACAAUGAGAAGAUUGAGACGGAUACUUGCCUAACUCUUCAACAAUGCAAAGACUGGAAUUAGUUGCCUAACUGUGAAACAAAGCAAGGCUUGGAAUAUAUUUGCCUAACUGUGAAAGACGGCGUUGCCUAACUGUGAGAUGAUUGGCUGCACUAAAUCUCUGUCGUGUGUUCCUAUAUCUCCCAGCAGAAGUGACCAUUUGUUGUAACACUCUCAAUGUCAGUUUACUGGUACAAACUUGUAUAUCUGAUUGAAUUGUUUAUGAAAUUUUUUAGUAGUCAUUUGAAAAUUCGUAGCUGAUAAAACUGUAUGAAUUGAAAUCAAUGGCUGGACCAAGUCAAACGUUUCAGUGGAAUAUUUUUCUCGACGGGUAUUAUAGGCUGUUUGUUUAUUCUUUAUCCGCAACAUUUCCGGCUCUGGAGAGCAAACAACUGGUCAGAUUUCUUUGAAGUUUAAUUUUUACUGAUCUGAGCUUUGCGAGAAAACAUAAUUUUUUGGAUUCAGCAUUGUCGGUGCAGAAAUACCUCGGUUGAUAUAAAUUUUAAAAAGGUUAAGUCAGGUUUUGAUUUUUUGGGAAAAUGGAAAUGGCGGCUAUCUGUGCCUGUUAAAGACAUUUUCUGUUCCACUGAAACGAUUGACCUUGCCGAAAUUGUACAAAAUUAGUAAUAAGUAUCAAGGAUAUAGCUACCGGUAUAUACUUUGUGUACAAAGUCAAAUGAUAAUUGAUAUUGCAUAUUAAGGGCUGGAUCCUCUACUUAACUUAGGUAAUAUUGACUGUCAAGUCGUGGUAUGAUUCUCAAAUAUGCUGAAGUGCUGAGUCGGCAUUUAUAUCGGUGACGAUUAUCCUUUUUGAAGUCUGGUGGUCGUAUUUUAGAACUUGAUUGUCGCUGUUUUGGACCAUCAGUUUGGUGAUAAAAGAAUGAUUGGCCAAUCUCUUGCUCACUUCAUUCAGGCCUCUAAAAGGCCUCUAGUUACCCCGAAUUCACUCUGUUUAAUUAAUUUGUGUGCCGAAAAUAGGGUGCACCGAAAAAGAUGUGGUUGAAGUUACAACAAAAAAUUAGGGAUUUCUGACCCCUCUGAAUCUUUUCUGGACAUGAGAAUGGUCCGAUCUGCUCCUAAAUGCCUCUUAAUCAACUCACAAGUCCAACUAGUUGUAUAAUCAUGCAAAGAAAAGACACAUUUUUUACGUAAAGAUGGAUGUUUGACGCAAAUGUAGGGUUUGUCAAUGAUAAGAUUCCGAGGGGUCAGAAUUCACCACUACAGUAGAACCUCUCUAUUAAGGACAUCCUCUGGACUGACAAGUGCUGUCCUUAACAGAGAGGUGCCCUCAUUAGAGAGGUCAAAUUGAAUGGAAACAACCACUUUGGGACCACAAGUAGUGUCGUUAAUAGAGGGGUUGUCCUUAAUAGAGAGGUGUCCGCUAAGGGAGGUUCCACUGUAUUUCCUUUGUUGAGUGUAAUUGAGAGGCCUGGCGUUUGAAAAGCUGCAUGGCACGGCAUUGUAACAUAAUUCAUGUUGUGUUGUAAGCUUGUCAGGGGAAGGGGGGAAGCUAUUAGGCCCGCUUGUAUAUCACUUGUCCCGAGACUCAUCAGGGUUUGUUCGAAACCGUCUCCUACUAUCAUCUAGUCACGCUUUGACUUCAGGGAAUGGGGGGCGUAGUUGUUGGUGUUUUUGUUGUGCGCGAGGUGUGCUAUUUGUUAUUCUUUGGCCAGAAUUGUACAAUGCCUGUGUAAGUUAAAAAGCGCUACAGAUAUACAUCAGAAAAUGUACACAAACUGUGGGUACAUGCUCAGUUCAUUUUCUGUCGGAUCCAAAACUGCUUUCUGUCAGGAUCUCUGCAGGUAUUCUUACGUGAUGGCUGCAAGUUUUUUCAAGGAUUUCUCAAUUCUUUUCGAAAGGACACUCAGUCGUACAAUCAUUUGGCAUGGAAUCCCAACGAGUUGAGGUUGGGGAUAGUUUGACAUCGCUGAACUUAUUCAACUAAAAAUUUGCAGAAAAAUCGUCAUCAGCCGUUUGACGCUACACGUUUUCGUUAUUUUGGGAAAUGGACGUUUUCUCUUCAACAACAAUUGUACAGACAGCAAACUUUGGGUACUGUGGUGUUGGGUUUUUAAAAAAACAAUUUUGUAGACUUGAACUUGGUUGUUUAUACACAUCUUAUAUAGUUUUUUCUGCAUUGGUACAAUCUUGCUGGGAUGACUAGCUUGAUUUACGGUUUUCUACAACAUCGUUCAGUGUACUUGUAACAUUUUAAGAGAGGUGAAGAUGACUGGAGGCGUCUUCAGGUAAAGAAAGGCCUACAUAUCAUUCACGCGGAGUGUUUAAGACAAUCAGUCUGUAGUAAAAAAGAUUGAUGAUUCAACAAUUUUUGGGGUUGGGUUUGGGACUUUUCCAUCAAUCUUGUGUUGCUUCAGGUAAGCUUGUAGGUAGUUACGUCGAUGUAUUUGUGUACCGUUGUCUAUUUCCUGAUAAUAAAGUAUUCCAUGCAGCUAAAGUAUUAUUUAUUCAAUAGGGCGUCUUACUGUGAAUUUAAUGUUUCAGAAAAUUUCAAAUAUUUGAAAAAUUUCAAAUAUUGAAAAAAAAUUGUAAUUUUUUUUGACGCUCAGUAUAGCAUGGUAAGGCUUAAGUGUGGUUUCUCUGAGUUAUUUGUGUUUCAUGUAACCUUAGCCAGGAGAUGAUGUACAUUUCACUGUGUAAAAUAUGCUGGUAAAUCUGUUAUUCCACUCUUCAUCUGUAGAUAUAGCAUAAUUUCCUUCAUACAUAUUUCACUAGGAUAUUUAUUGAGUUUCAGCGUCAUGAGCAGUGUGCAUAAUGCUGCAUUCAUUGUGAACCCUAUUCCCACGACUCAGGGGUCGAUGCUGCAUGGGGGUCAAAACCUGGUCAAGCAGGGUUUUUUCUACUGUUCGAAUCCCUAUUGUUUAGAAAAUCUAAUGCAAAAUUAACUACAAAAACACUUGCUACUUUGAUAUCCGAUGAAGUAGUUUUGACAUAUAGAGUAGAACCUCUCUAUAAAGGACACCCUCAAGACUGACAAGUACUGUCCUUAAUAGAGAGGUGCCCUGAUUAGGAAGGUCAGUUUGAUUGGAACUACCUCAUUUGGGAGCAAAACUCAUGUCCUCAAAAGAGAGGCUGUCCUUACUUAUAGAGGUGUUUGCUGAGGGAGGUUCCACUGUAAUUUCUCCUUUCAUGUACAGUGGAACCUCCCUUAGUGGACACCUCUCUAUUAAGGACAGCCUCUCUAUUAGGGACACUAAUUUUGGUCCCAACUUGGUUGUUUCCAUUCAAUUUGACCUCUCUAAUCACGACACCUCUCUAUUAAGGACAGCACUUGUCAGUCCCGAUGUUGUCCCUGAUAGAGAGGUUCUACUGCUGGUAUAAUUAUGUAAGCAACCAUUCCUACAUGAAAAUGUCCUUGAUGGAUUUGAUAAAUAAUCUUUCAAUCGAUGACAUCUUUUUCCCCCAGGUUCCUCAGCAUCUUAAAUGAUAUGUUGGGUAUUGUGAAUCAUAUAGACCUUUAAGAAUAAGAAGACUUAUGAUAUCGUACAGUUUAAAAAAUGAAGGACCGUGAGAUAUAAAAUCAUGUACAGUGUAUCACUUGGUGUCAGUCAAAAUGAGAAAAUAAACCUUUCUUCAC